AUGGCAAACACUCAGCCCGAUGACUUCGACUCCCUCUUCAACCUCGAAGAAGAGUACUAUACCGAAGGUUACAAUCUCGGCGUAGCAGAUGGUUCUCGCGCCGGUCGUAUCGAAGGUCGUCUCUUCGGUCUCGAAAAAGGAUUCGAAAAGUUCGCUGCCAUGGGAAAUUUAGCUGGAAGAAACGCAAUCUGGGAAGCAAGAAUUUCUGAUCAAAAUUCUGCUACUUCAGAGGAAAGCGAGUGCAGAUUGCCUAAACUGUCUGGAGGUGCUAGAUUGCAGAAGCAUUUGCAAACCUUGUAUGCUCUGACUGAGGCUGAAAGUCUGUCUACCGAGAACAAUGAAGACUCGGUUUCUGAUUUCGAUGACCGACUCAAGCGUGCUGAGGGCAAGGUCAAGGUCAUUGAGAAACUGGUCGGUGAGGGUCCUCUUGUUCUCGAGGCUUCACAGCCUGCUGUUUCUGGCAGUGGCAAUGCACAAGUAAGACGUCAAAUCAAGAUCAAGAGAACAGAUGCUGGUGGAGAGAGCAGCAUGGAAGACUUCAACAUCCGCCACGCUCGCUCUUGA